GGACAGGACGUCAUGACCCCCACACUCACCGCCCUGCUCUGCCUGGGGCUGAGCGUGGGCCUGAGGACCAGAGUGCAGGCAGGGACCCUCCCCAAUCCUACCCUCCAGGCUGAGCCAGGAUCUCUGAUCCCCUGGGGGAGCCCCGUGAACAUCACAUGUCAGGGGAUUCUGGGGGCUGAGGAGUACCGUCUGGAUAAAGAGGGAAACACACCUCCAUGGAAAACACAGAAGCCACCGAACCCCGGAGACAAGGCCACGUUCUCCAUCACACGGACGACAGGCCAUGAUGCAGGGAGAUAUCGCUGUUACUAUCGCAGCCCCUCUGGCGAGUCAGAGCACAGUGACCCCCUGGAGCUGGUGGUGACAGGAUCCUACAGCAAACCCAGCCUCUCAGCCCUGCCCAGCCCUGUUGUGACCUCAGGAGGGAACGUGACCCUCCAGUGUGGCUCAGAACAGCCAUUUCCCAAGUUCAUCCUGACUAAGGAAGGAGAACACAGGCUCUCCUGGACCCGGGACUCACAACGACACAGCACAGGGCAGUCCCAGGCCCUGUUCCCUGUGGGCCCCGUGACCCCCAGCCACAGGUGGACGUUCAGAUGCUAUGGCUGUUACAGGAACAGCCCCCAGGUGUGUUCACACCCCAGUGACCCCCUGGAGCUCCUGGUCCCAGGUGUGUCUGGGAAGCCCUCCCUCCUGGCCCAGCAGGGCCCCAUCGUGGCCUCUGGACAGAGCCUGACCCUCCAGUGUCGCUCUGAUGUCGGCUAUGACAGAUUCGGUCUGUCCAAGGAGGGGGGACAGGACCUCCCCCAGAGCCUUGUCCUGCAGCCCCAGGCUGGGCUCUCUCAGGCCGACUUCCCCCUCGACACUGUGCGCUCCUCCCACGGGGGCCGGUACAGAUGCUACGGUGGACACAACCUCUCCUCCGAGUGGUCGGCCCCCAGUGACCCCCUGGACAUCCUGGUGGCUGGUGAGGAGUCAGGGGUUCCCUCCCUCUCGGUGCAGCCAGGCACCAUGGUGACCUCAGGAGAGAAGGUGACCCUGCUGUGUCAGUCACAGUACCCGACGAACACUUUCCUUCUGUCCAAGGAGGGGACAGCAGAUCCCCCCCUGCGUCUUCCAUCAGAGCACCGAGCUCAGCAGUACCAGGCAGAGUUCUCCAUGAGUCCUGUGACCUCCGCCCACGGGGGCACCUACAGGUGCUACAGCUCACUCAGCACCUCCCCCUACCUGCUGUCACACCCCAGUGAGCCCCUGGAGCUGCGGGUCUCAGGACCCUCUGUUCACCCCAGCCCCCCACCCACAGGGCCCAUCUCCACAGCUGGUGAGUCAUGGAGCGUGUGUGCUCAGAGGGAGCACAGACCACCCCCGAUGCUUCUGAUUCCCUCAGAGGGUCUCAUGCCCCCGACACUAAGGACAGGCUGUGUCCCAGGCGCUGGGAGCAGGGGAUGGAUUGAGGGUGAACCCAGGGAGUUCACGACUCUGAGGAUUCACCCCACAAUGGAUAGGCCUGCAGAGGGUUAAGUGAGGCAAGUGACAGUUGGGGUGGUCAUGGCCCAGGGAGAUGUUGGGGCCUGGGAUGGGGGAGGAGCAACUGAGCUCAAGUGGGGUGAAGACAGCCCCCACCACCACCAAUCCUGAUCCCAGGAGGCUCUGCGGAUGGGUCCCUUCCCCACAUGGAGUCAGGCCUGCAGCGGGGUAACUGAGGGUCUCUGUGGGGAGGUGGUGGGUGUGUCUAUGAGGGACAGGGGAUGAGUCAUGAGGGGUUCAGGCCCCUCUGCAGACAUUGACUUGGAUGCGCCCGUCCCCUGUCUGUGCGUCAGGGUCCCCAAGUGUAAAAGGAGAGAUUCAUGGCCCAGAGCUUAGAUUUCCUUUCAGUUCUGGUUCUGACCUCCUGGGGGAGGGGGCCUCACAGGGACACCCAGGACGUGGUGUGGGGACUGUCCCCUCUGUAGCAGUGAUGGUGACAUGCACAGGGAGGGGCAGGCAGGACCAGGGUCUGGGGCAUCCAGGUCCUUUCCCUCAGCCCUGGUGCAUGACUGUGUGAGGAGAGAGGGAUGAAAGACAGACCCCAGCAGGUGCCUCACAUAGUGGGUGCUCACUAAAUGACAUCAUAGGCUCAUUCAUGACAUCAUAAGGGAGAGAAGGACUCCCCUGAUAUUUGUUGUCUGAUUCCUUUCCAGAAGUUGUCCGCAAACCCUCCAUCUGGGCUGAGCCAGGCCCCAUGGUCACCACGGGGAGCCCUGUGACCCUCUGGUGUCAGGCGUC